AUGCCGUUGUACGCAUUAAAGGGUCAUCGUCUUGGUCUUUCUACUUUUUACUUGGACUCUACGUGCGCAAGAGCAUUUGUUGCACGACAAGGGUCUACCCUCGACAAGAUCUUUGCCUAUGUGCUGCGUGAUAAUGGCUAUGGAGCUCUAAUGGACCGCGACACCCACGAGUCGGCUGUCCUGCGCAUAUGCACGUCAUUAUUCCGCCUUGACGCCAUCUUUCAUGUGAUCCUGCUUAUUGUAUCGUUGCCGCUACACCUGAUUCCUGCUCUCGGUAGCAUCAUCUACGCAUGGUUACACAGCACGUUCAUGGCUUGGGAGUCGCAUUUAUACUACUUCAAUCUCAAGGGCUUCAAUUUAAAGCAGCAACAGCACUGGAUCGACCAACGCAAGUUCCAGUAUACGAGCUUUGGCUUUCAAAUGCUGUUACUGCAAAUGAUUCCACUACUGGGUCUGCUAUUCAUCUUUUCAAACACGUGCGGCGCUACUGGCGAUCAAGAUGGAGUAUGA